AUGGAGGAUUUGGAAUUAAAUGAGCAAAUGGAGAUAUUUAUCUCUGCUUUCCCAAAACUUGAGUAUUCUUUUAUAUUCUAAGUUGCCUACUGUCAUCAAUGCAAAAGAAGAGCGGUUGUAUUUUAGUGCUAUAAAAACUAUAAAGCUGCUAGUUGCACGAAAAAAUACUGCGUAAGUUGCUUGUAAAAGUUUUACUAAGAUGAUGUCUACAAUACACUAUAAAAACUUAAGGAAUGGAACUGCCCUUACAAGUAGAAUGCCUGUUGCUGUUCAAAAUGUCAGCUGAGCCAUACUAAUUACAGAAGUUUGAAUGAUGGGAAAAAUACAUAGAUAAAUACUAAAACUCAGCAGAAGUAAAAAGGGUAGGAUAAUUAUGAAGAUAUGAAUGAGUCCUCUUAUUAUUCUGAGGUGAGUUAGAGUAGUGAAAUAUCUACUAUUUAAGAUCAACUUGCUGCCGUAAAGAAAUUCAACUUAGAUGACUUAUUGAGUGAUACUGAUGAUGAGAAUUAAGUCCAAGCCAGAAAAGAGCUUUAGCCUAUUGUUUUCAAAGAUCCAAAUCUUGAUAUAUGGUUUAAGAGAGCCUCAGAAAAGACUACAAUUAUGAGUAAAAGGUAAUUUGAUUUUGAGAGAUAAUAGUUGAGAGAUUAGACUCAAAAGAAUAUUUUGAAUCAGAUUAGUGGUUACCUUUAAACAAAUGGCUUGAUAAAUCAACCACAAAUUUCCUCUUAAUAGUCAGAUAAAAAAUCAUCCAUUGUCAUUAGACUAGAUAUGAAUUAGAAUGUUUAAGGAGUUAAGAGCACACCAGAGAAGAUCAAGAGUGCCAGCUCAUCUACUUAAAAGAUUACUCUCCUCAGGAAAAGACCAGCAUAGACAGCUAAUACCACCUUAAAGCAAGAGUUUAUGAGUUAAACAAGUGCUAUUACCUAACAAGACAAGGAAUUAAAAAAGAAAAAGAGUUUGGGUAAACAGAAACCAAAACAGUCUAAAAUUAUUGGCAAAAUUGAAUUAAAAUAGAUUAAAACUAAACACUCUAUCGAUGAAAAUUUGAAGUAAACUUUCAAGAAUGAGUAUUUGGAGAUUGAUGAAAAUUUCAAUAUUAUUGUAAGCAAAAACAUCCUCAUUAAUUGA